UAAAAUCGCAGUGAUAUACUAUCAAGUGGAAUUCCCUCCAACCCUACUGAAAGUGGCAUCUCUUAUUUCCUUCUUUCUCCUCCCCACUGGCGAAAUCUGCCCCGCCGGCCUCACCGCCGUGCCGCCGCGCUCACCGCCUCACCCGACUUGCCGCCGCGCCCAACUUUCCGCCUGCCUGCUUCGCCGGCCUCACUGUGGUGUGUUGUAGCAGUUCUUGAUUUGCUUCUAUUUUCUUAGUUCGAUUCAGGUCGUUUCAUUUCGGCCGACCAGAAAUAGCAAUGGGCCGUUCUGACCCCGGCGUGCUCUAUGCUCACACAUUCGUUCACCCCCAUCUUGAUGAAUACGUCGAUGAGGUGAUAUUUUCGGAGCCUGUUAUCAUCUCUGCUUGUGAGUUCCUUGAGCAGAAUGCUUCGUCAAUUUGCCCUGCAGUGAAGCUUAUGGGGGCUACUUCACCCCCAUCAUUUGCUUUGGAGGUUUUUGUUCAAUGUGAAGGAGAGGCAAGAUUUAGGCGGUUAUGCCUUCCUUGUCUGUAUUCACACUCUUCAUCAACUGUUCUCGAGGUUGAGGCCGUGGUUACUAAUCAUUUGGUUGUUAGAGGCAGCUAUCGCAGCCUAAGCAUGGUGAUAUAUGGGAAUACAGCAGAAGAUCUAGGCCAGUUCAACAUAGGAGUGGAUUUAGAUAGCUCCUUGACGGAUACUACUAGUACUGUUGAGGGAAACCUAGAAGAUUUACCGCCUGCCUUCCAUUCCACUAUGCUGACAAUGGAGGAACUUGCAUCUCCCUUGAAAAUUUUAUCUCAGGCAGCUGUAAAAUCAGAUAUUCCGCUUGAAUUAAGGAAGUUUCUGUUACUAGUAUUCAGAAUUUUAGAUUCUCAGAAUGUUGGGUUAGCAGCAGCUGAUAAUGUUAUUAGUUCCUUACUUUCAGUGACUUCAACCUAUAGAAUAACUGGCUCCUCUCACAAUAAUAUUGAUCAAAAUCAAUUGGGCUUUGAUGGAGUUAAAAGUGGUGGAGAUACUAAUCAAACUCUUAGUGACGCAGAAAAGGAACUUUUGGACCUUUAUAAAAUGAUUGAGAAUGAAUCAAGAGAUCCAUCUGCGGAAGCUUCUGGAGAUUUCUUGUUUCUUGAAUCUGAGGAAGGCUCUACUUCCAAAGAGUUGACGGAUACUCUCCAGCACCGUUUUGACUUCUGUAGCAGCACUCAUAAUGUGGGAUAUAAAUAUCUUUCACAGAAUAAGAAUGCAAUCCUAUGGUCCAUAAUGGCUCUUUUAUUGUGUUCUACUAGAGAGAGCUGCUUUCAUUUCGUUAAUUCUGGUGGCAUGAAGCAGCUGGUAUAUAUCUUAACACAUCGAAUCCACAAUUCUACAAGUCUUACAUUACUGCUGCUAGGAGUUAUUGAGCAGGCUACUAUGCAUUCUGUGGGUUGUGAAGCUUUCCUAGGAUGGUGGCCUCGGGAGGAUGAAAAUAUACCAGCUGGCACUAGUGAUGGCUACAACCAAAUACUGAACUUGUUGCUGAAUAAUCAGAGGCAUGAUGUUGCAUCCCUUGCAACUUCUGUACUUCAGCGCAUCCGGUUUUAUGAAGUUGCUUGCAGAUAUGAGUGUGCAGUAUUAUCAGUACUUAGGGGCAUGCCAACUGAUGGCCGUGUUACUAACUAUACCUCAGACUUGCUUGUCAUUGCUAAAGUGCAACUCAAGAAACUCUUGAAUUUAAUGAAGUUGAGUGGUCCAGUUGAGGAUCCUUCUCCAAUGGCUGCUGCAAGCAGAUCUCUUAUCCUUGGUGAUGCUGGGUCAUUAGCAUAUAAAGCAACAAAUAGCUUGAUCAAUCUGUCUAGUUGUCGCUUUUUGAAUUGUGACAUUGACUCACAUUUACUUUCCAUCUUAAAAGAAAGAGGAUUCCUUCCUCUGGCAGCUGCAUUGUUAUCAUCUUCUCUCUUGCGAUCUGAAACAGGGGAUGCAAUGCACUUGUUCUUGGACAUUGUCUUGAAUGUUGAAGCUAUAAUUCUUUCUCUCCUGUUUUGUCGCUCAGGAGUAGAUUUUCUUCUACGGGACCAGGAAGUCUCCUUAAUUGUCAUCCAAGCUUUGCGGGGUAUCCAUGGCGUUCAGAAUGGGGACUUUAUUUCACUUCGCUAUGCGUCUGUGUUAUUGUCUAGAGGCUUCUUUGUUCGUCCCAGGGAUGUUGGCAUGAUUGUUGAGAUGCAGAUGAGGGCAGUUAUUGCUGUGGAUAGGUUAUGCAAGUUGACUUCAAAUACUGAAGAAUUUUUAUGGGUGCUUUGGGAUAUUUGUCGUCUCUCCAGGUCAGAGUGUGGACGCCAGGCUCUGUUGGUCUUGGUAAAUUUCCCAGAGGCGUUCAAAGUUCUGAUUAAUGCUUUGCAUUCUGGAAAGGAGCUUGAACCUGUUUCACCGAAUACAGGAGUUUCACCUUUGAAUCUUGCCAUAUUUUACUCAACCGCUGAGAUUUUGGAAGUCAUUGUUACUGAUUCUACUGCAACUUCUUUGACAUCUUGGAUAGACCAUGCAAAGGAAAUGCAUGCUGCAUUACACUCAUCCUCCCCAGGUUCCAACAGGAAAGAUGCUCCUGCACGACUAUUGGAAUGGAUAGAUGCCAGUGUAGUUUACCAUAAAAAAGGAGCAAUUGGGCUCCUACGUUAUGCUGCUGUUUUGGCUUCUGGAGGAGAUGUUCACAUGGCUUCAGACAGUGUUUUAGCAUCUGACAUGAUGGAUGUUGAUAAUGUAGUUGGAGAUUCUUCCACUAGUUCCGAUGGCAACAUUGUUGAUAAUCUUUUAGGAAAACGGAUUACAGAGAAGGAUUUUCCAGGUGUUAUUCUCCGCGAUACCUCUAUUGCUCAGCUCACUACAGCAAUUCGUAUUUUGGCGUUUAUUUCAGAAAAUUCGGUUGCUGCUACUGCUCUCUACAAUGAAGGUGCUGUGAUGGUUAUCCAUGCUAUUAUGAUCAACUGCAAACUCAUGCUUGAGAGGUCAUCUAAUAUUUAUGAUUAUCUUGUUGAUGAGGGUGCAGAGGGAAAUUCAACUUCUGAUUUACUUAUAGAACGUAAUCGUGAGAAAAGCAUGUUUGAUCUGCUUAUUCCUUCACUGGUCCUGCUGAUCAAUCUGUUGCAGGAGUUACAGGAAUCAAAGGAGCAACACCGGAAUACCAAACUAAUGAAUGUACUCUUACAGUUGCAUCGAGAAGUGAGCCCCAAGUUAGCUGCUUGUGGAGCAGAGUUGUACAGUUCUUGCCCAGAAGUUGUGCUUGGUUUUGGUGCUGUUUGCCAUCUUAUAGCAUCAGCACUAGCCUGUUGGCCAGUGUACAGUUGGACUCCUGGCCUUUUUCGCUUUGUCCUUGAUAGCCUUCAUGCAACUUCACUAUUGGCACUGGGUCCUAAGGAAACUUGCAGCUUGCUUUGUCUACUAAAUGAUUUGUUACCAGAUGAAAGUUACUGGAUGUGGAAGAAUGGAAUGCCAAUUCUGAGCCCUCUAAGAGCAAUGGCUGUUGGGACAUUACUUGGUCCACCAAAGGAGAAACAAGUGAAUUGGUAUCUAAGGCCUGGCAACUCUGAAAAGCUAAUUGCUCAAUUGUCUCCCCAACUUUUGAAACUUGGCGAUAUUAUAUUGCAUUGUGCUGCUAGUAUAUCAGUCAUUGUGCAAGAAGUUCUACGUGUCUUUGUUAUUCGGAUUGCAUGUCUCAAUAUUGAUUAUGCUUCACAAUUGGUGAAACCAAUAGUUUCAUGGAUCUCCCAUCGCCUCUUAGAGCAGUCUGUGUUGUCUGAUGUGGACGCUUACAAGGUUAACCGCCUCCUUAAAUUUCUUGCUAUCUUAUUGGAGCAUCCAAAUGCUAAGCCACUAUUGCUGAAAGAAGGUGGAUUUCAGAUGCUAACAGAAGUGCUAGAGAGGUGUAUAGGAGGUGCCAAUUUUGAUUUAAAGCAAUUCCCCGGGAACAUAAAUAUAGCAAAAUAUGAAUUUCCAGUUCUUAGUUGGUGUGUACCAGUUUUUCAGUGUUUAUCGUUGAUUAGCGAUGGGCGUACAUCCCUGCAGUAUCCUGGAGUACAUGAAAGGAGUAACCCUUAUUGUUUUACUGUUGAAGAAUGUUCCACAUUUUGGAUAUAUAUCCUAAGGUUCUGCAUGGUCUUGCCCGUUGCAACAGAAUUGGUUACUUGUCUGUCCGCCUUCAAAGAGAUGGCUUCCUCUGCUGAAGGCCGGAAUGCUUUACUUUCUAUUGUGAAGCACGCUAUGCCCUCUGCUGUAGAGGAUUCUGAGAAUCAAAUCAAACAUGAGAGCAAUACAAGCUGUGGCAUAAUUUAUGCAACUGAAUUGAAGGAGAAUCCUCCAUUAUUGUGCUGCUGGACCGCUUUGUUAAAGUCUAUUGAUUCUAAGGAUGUUCCUGCUGCACAGGUUGCUUCAGCAAUUUACACAUUAGCCUCUGGUGCUUUAGGCUUUUGCAUUGAUGGGGAAAGCCUGAAUAGAGAAAGGGUUUCUGCUAUCAAGUUCCUGUUCGGAGUGAGCGAAGACUCUUUGGAAGAUUUUUCUGAAGAAAAUCUGAAGCAAAUUGAGGAGCUUAUCAGUUUGUUGGAAGCAGAGGCGAGCUAUAAAUCAGCAUCUGAGAAUCAUCCUAUGUCUCAUCAGAUCAAGGAGAUUGCAAGCUUAUUAAUGCUUUUAAUGCAAAAAUCAUCUGGCACGGAGGAAGCUGAUGCUGAAAUUGCCCGCCGUUGCACUUCAUUGCUUACUCCUCCGGUUCCUUCAAGGGUGCAUAGAUUUGCGGAUAGAAGUAUGGAGCUGAUUGAAGAUUACGGCUUGGAUGAAUUCGGAACAAUGUUCUCUUGGGAGUGUCCGGAGAAUAUGCGUAAUAGAAUGACACAGACAGGUCUUUCUACAAAAAGAAAGAUCUCCUCUCUCGAGGGGCCAAAUAGGCAUGGCAGAGGGGAGAACUCAGUUGUAGAGGCUGCUUCCCAGAGUACAUUCUCUAGGGGGAUGGUACCCGUCACUACCCCACCUGCCCCUACACGUCGUGAUACCUUUAGACAGCGUAAGCCAAACACUAGCAGGCCUCCUUCUAUGCAUGUGGAUGACUAUGUUGCAAGAGAACGAAAUGCUGAUGGUACUAACAGUUCUAAUGUAAUUGCUGUCCCACGGAUAGGAUCUGCUAGCGGGAGACCACCGUCAGUUCAUGUGGACGUCUUUAUGGCCAGGCAAAGGGAGCGCCAAAAUGUCACGGGGGUAGCAGUUAAUGAAGUAGCAACCCUUGCGAAAAUGACAGCCCCAGAUGACAACUUAGAUGGAGACAAGUCCAGCAAACCUCAGCAGUUGAAAUCGGAUCUCGAAGAUGAUCUUCAGGGAAUUGAUAUUGUUUUUGAUGCUGAAGAAGCUGAACCCGAUGAUAAAUUGCCCUUUCCACAACCGGAUGAUAAUCUGCCACAACCUGCUUCUGUUAUUGAACCGCAUUCUCCUCAUUCAAUAGUAGAGGAGACCGAGAGUGAUGUAAAUGAGAGCAACCAGUUCUCUCACUUGGCUACUCCGUCUGUAUCAAACAUGGAUGAAAACACACUGAGUGAGUAUUCAUCAAGGAUGUCUGCAUCUCACCCAGAGAUGCCCUUGACUCGAGAACGAAGCAUUUCCUCCGAUAAGAAGUUCCCUGAGCCAGAUGUCUCAAAGGGUUUACCAAUCAGAAUUCCUCUCCAUGCAACUGAACCCCCUGCAGUAGCAAGUACUUCAGGAGGUGCGGCUUCUAUCUACAUGAAGGUUACCUCAUCUGCGGCAAGGUUUCCUCCUGAUUCCAGGAUGCAACCUCAUUUAUAUUCUAAACCACCUCUACAACAAAGUGGUCCUGGGUUGCAAGCUUUCUAUGACCAGAAAUUUCCUAUGAAUCAGCCUCCUCUCCCGUUGAUGCCACCUCCAUCAACAUUCUCAUCCGUGCCAUCUCAAAAUAUGCUACCUGGUGUGGGUCAGUCUUCAUCUUUUGUAAAGUCUGCACCAGAUGUUCAGACUCAGGGUCCUCAAGGCUACAACAAUGUUCAGUCAGAUUAUAUGUCUGAGGCUGGAAACUCCACAUCUGCCUCAAAGCAAAAUUCAAAAUUCGGAAGGACAUCUCACUCCUCUCCUGCGGGAUCUACAAGACCUCCUCCACCACUUCCUCCUACACCACCUCCUUAUUCUGGCAAUCCUUCAAUGAUAAAUUCUACUUCUCAAUCACCACAAUAUUUUCAGCCCGACAUGCAGCAAAAUUCUGGCGCACCUUUGAUUAACCUCCCAGCAUCACACUCAAUGCUAAACUCUUACCCCCCGCCAUCGAUGCAGCCAUUACUUUUCAGGCCCGGUUCCAUGCCUGUAAAUCUUUAUGUAAACAAUUUAGUCCAACAACAUGGAGACAACAUGGCGAAUGUAUCGCAUAAUCUAACCAUCUCUGUGCCUUCAGCCCAAUCCAUACCUACACCUACACAGUUGCAGCCAUUACAGCCACCACAAAUCCCCCGUCCACCUCCGCAUCUUAGACCAUCUGUUGCAUCUUCCCCACAGUCUGAGCUGGCAGUACCAAUGUUGCAUGGUUCCUUACAGAUUCCUGCUCAUCCAUCCCAGAUGCUGCAGCAGCAGCAGCAACAGCAACUGCAACUAUCCCCUGGUCAAGUGUAUUAUCAGGCACAACAACAGGAGACUACACAGGCGCCGCAGCAGCAUCAAAGAGUUUUGCAGCAACCAGGAGAAACAUCUCAGCAACUAGAUUCUGGGAUGUCUCUACAAGAGUUCUUUAAAUCCCCUGAAGCCAUUCAGUCUCUUCUUAGUGACCGGGAUAAGCUUUGUCAGCUCCUGGAGCAGCAUCCUAAGUUAAUGCAGAUGCUUCAGGAGCGAUUGGGUCCAUUGUAGGAAAUUUCUGGCGGUUGUAUCUCAUAAAGGCUCCUGAUUUUGAAGAUAUGUUUGUACAUUGCUUUACAUUUUUUUUAUUGAAUUAUCCGGAUGCAGCAUCAUCAUUUUGUAAGGGGAUGUUUGGAAUUGCUUUAAACUGUUUCAAGAGCUUAAAAGAUGUUUUAAGCUUGUCAAAGUGUUUGGAUAAAAUGAGCUUAUAAGAUGAUGAACUGUUUGGCAUUUUAAGCUCCUUGUAUGUUGUAAUGACCAAAAAUGACAUAACAAUCAUGUGGCAUUUUUAAAGCUCUUUAUACUA